AUGAUGGAAUAAUUGCCUAAAUUAAGUGAAAUCCAUAAAGAAUUACAAUAUUAUACUAGAUAUUUUUCAGAAAACAAACUCUAUUAAUCUAGUAAAUGGACAGGAGAAUUGCUUUUAGGAUUAACCUAAGAAGAAGAUCUAUAAUCUUCCUAAUUUGCCAUGUAAUUCAUUCAAAACAACACAGAUUAUACAUAUUAAUUUUUAAGAGAGUUUGUACCUGAGAACAAUGAUAUCAUAAGUGUGGCAAGAAACUUAUUUGACUUGAGAGAGUUCAAAAAAUGUGCUUCUUUGGUAUAAAAUUUGAUUCACAAAAAUGAAUCAGCAAUGUUUUUAUAUUACUAUUCAUAAUAUAUGUAUGGAGAGUUAAGAAAAGAAGAAGAAAUGUUUGAGAAUGAAAACUCAAAGACAGCUACAAAUCCAGAAUUAAAGUUAUUAGAUAGAGAGCUAUCAAAAUUAUAUGAUCAAAAAUAAUUAUCAUAAGUAUAAUAUUUAAAUAUAAUCUUAGUUAAACCUAUAUCUUUAUGGAUUAAUUCUUAAAGAUACUUUAAGACUUCGAGAAGCCAAAGAAAUUUUUGUAUAAGUUUUGAAUUAAUUACCAUGUUUUUGGAGUGCAUGGUUAGAACUUUGUAGAUUAAUGGUUGAAGAAGAUUCAAUUAAUGAAUUACCUAAUCAUUGGAUGAAAUUCUUUUGGAUCUCUAAUUUUAAUUUAGAAAAGUUUAAAAAUGCUAAUUGUGUAGAAUCUCUUUAACUUUUAUUAUAUUACUUUAGAAAUUCUAAUUUUAUUAUUAAUUAGAUUGCAAAUGCUUAUUAUAAUAAUUAAGAAUUUGAAUUAUCAUUGGAAUGGUUUGAAAGAUUAUUGAGCAUAGAUCCAUAUCGAUAUGAAAGUUUAGAUACAUAUUCAAAUAUAUUAUAUAUAAAAGAAAAUUAAGGAGAAUUAGCAAAUUUAGCAUUAUAAUCUUUUACUAAUAAUAAAUAUGUACCUGAAACAUGUUGUGUAGUAGGAAAUUAUUAUUCUUUAAUGAAUGAACAUGCAAAAGCAAUAAAUUAUUUUUAAAGAGCAUUAAAAUUAGAUAAGGAUUGUUUAGCUGCAUGGACAUUAAUGGGUCAUGAAUAUUUAGAAAUGAAAAAUGUUGCUUCAGCUAUAUAAUCAUAUAGAAAUGCAGUUGAAAUUGAUCCAAAAGAUUUUAGAGCAUGGUAUGGAUUAGGUUAAACAUAUGCUUUAUAAGGAAUGAAUUAAUAUGCUCUAUAUUAUUUUAGUAGAGCUGUUGUUAGUAGACCGAAAGAUGCUAGAAUGUGGAAUGCUAUGGCUGAAUGUUAUGAUAAAAUGGAUAAAAAAAAUGAAUCUAUGAAAUGUUAUGAAAGAGCUAAUUCAUGUAAAGAUAAAGAAGGAAUUGCUAUACAUCAAUUAGCUAAAUUAUAUGAUGCAGUUGUAAUAUGAUUUUAUCUAAAUCUUAAGGGUAAAGAAGAAAAAGCUUUAUUCGCAUUUGAAGAAAGUUUAAAGAGGAAAGAUGAAGAAUAAGCUGUUGAUAAAGAAGUCUCUGAAGCACUUUUAUAUUUGGCAAGAGCUUUCUUAAAAAAAGGUGAUAAAGAAAGAGCUAUGUAAAUGGCUAAGAGAUUAUUUGAUUUUAAUGGACCAGAAAGGGAUGAAGCUAAUUUAAUCAUGAAUUAAUUGAAUAAAUGA